CAAGCUCUGGGGAGCGAGCUGAAGGAGAUAGGGGCGCAGGAGGUCUUCUCAUCAGUCCUUCCAGUGAGCGGAUGUGGAAGACGCCAUGAGACCUGCAUCUGGGACGGCAACUUGCGGCUUUGGGAAUGACGUCUCACAGCGGGCUUCAGCUUUCUGGACCACGACCCAUACUUCAGAACAAGAGACAUGCUCGGGUGGGAUGGGCUUCACCUCUUCUCCAAAGGGCAUGAUAUCAACAUUCAAGACCUACUAUCUAAGAAGAAGCAUCUUCCAGCUGCUGGAGGAUACUGAUAGACCCAACAAGCCAAAAAUCUGUGAGUGGUGGAAGGCAUACAAUGUGAGCGAUGCCAUCAACAACAUUAAGGCUUCAUGGGAUGAAGUGAAGUCCACCACCAUAAAUGGUGCUUGAAAGCCUCUCUGGAAGGAAUGCACCAUGGAAUCCAGGGGCUCCCUGAAACUGUGCACAACUGUUCAAGAGGUUAUGGAUCUUGGAUGGAAGGUGGGAGGAGAUGGCUUUUCAGAUCUUGAGGAGGCAGAUGUCAUGGAGCUCAUUGAUUCCCACAACGAGGAAUUAAGUGUUGAUGAACUGAGAGAGAUUGUAGCUGCUGUUGAGGAAAAGGAAGAACAGGAGCAAGAGGUGGUCCUUGAGUUCAAGGACAUGACUAUGAAGAAGCUGGCAGAGUUUUUUGCACAGGCUGAGAGACUUGCUCAGUUUGCCCUGGAUAUGAACCCUAGCCUGAACAGGAACCUGCAGUUCAAGCACGGUUUGAACUCUCCCCUUUGUCCCUACAAGUAGGUAUAUGCCCAGAUCCAACAAUUUGCAAGGCAGUGCACCCUGUUCCAGUUCUUGAAGGCUCACUCAGCUACUCCCAGCAGCAUCCCACUGGUGUUGGAGCAUGAUGAGAACCCCAUGCCUGUUAAUUCUCCUAUGGAUAUUACCCUGCCUGUACCUCUUACCAGUGAUUCACUGUAACUGAAGUGUACAGAUUCACUGUAACUGAAGACCCUUCACCACUCUCCUUUCAAACCAAUUAAACAUU